AUGCCGAAAUCCUCAAAGUCUGCCUCAGGACCAAUUGAACUUCGAGCAUGUACAGAGUGCCGGAAACUGAAGAGCAAAUGCUCCGGAGUCGCUCCCUGCCAGUACUGUUCUCGAAGCAAAAAACCUUGCUUGUUCGACCGUCCUCCAUCACGCACACCACUCACCCGGAGAAAUCUAGAUGAUGCAGAACGCCGGUGCACAAACUUGAUAGCGCUUAUCCGUAAACUGAAUCCGGAGGUCGAUAUCGAGGAUGCAUUGAAGACAGUCUCAGGGACAGGUGUACCGGCUACAGAAGUUCUUCUCGAGAGGCUGAAGAGCGGGGAUUCUGGUGGAGAAAGUCCUUCAUCGCCGGACAGACUUGAGUGGGAUGAAGCUUCGUUAGCUUCCUCAUGGCGUGUGCAAAAGGAAGCUCCGGAUGGAAUGGCAUCACUUCCAAGUCAAAGCACGGGAUCCGGGUAUCUUGCAAUUGGGGACUGGAUUCUGGGGGAUGAAUCAGAGAUAGAGCAGUCCAGAUAUUACAUGGUCGCACGAUCACAACUGUCAAUGCGGCUUCAUCGCGAGCCACCCGCGGAAUCAACGGCUGAUACACUAUUCAAUGAACGGAGAAGAGUCAUUUGGUGGAUUGUCUUUUGCUUCGACAGUGGAUUCAGCUUGACCACGGGGAGACCUAUUAUGGCAUCUGACUGUUUUGUCGAAACUCGAAUUCCACGAAACAUUAACGAUUCAGAGUGUACUCUGAAUUCCUUUCUUCCUGCACCAACGGAGUGGCCAACCACCUAUUCAGCCAUCAUUGCCCACGCCCGACUAGCUUCUAUUGGAAAUAAAGUCUACAAUGACAUAUUCUCCGCCCCCAAAAAGACGCCUUACGACUUAAGAAUAUCGCGCUCGCUCGACCAUCAGUUCAAGGCUUGGAAAUUAUCGCUCCCCGUCUACUUUACAGCGCAAGACGUUCCGCAUUGGUUUCGUGGUCCACGAGCGAUAGUCGGGUGGAAGGAACAAAACUUGCGUAUGAUGCUCUGGUGGGGAAGCCAGGCCCACUGCAACUCACUAUCAGAUGGUGAAGAAGUACAGAACACGUGUUACUAUGCUGCAGUCGAGACUAUUCACAACGUCACGACUUUCUGUCAAGACUAUCCUGAUACUCUCAACCUUUGUCUCACCUGCCUCGCGGCAACCAAUCAGGAUCUCUGGGAUUUCUCCAUAACCAGAGCACGCAACUGUCUCGCUCAAUUGAGUCAAAAAAGCAAGGCUGCAACACGAUGCCUGGCAGUAGUUGAUAAAAUCAGGAACAUAUCUCAGCCGUCGGAGUCUGCGUCAACAGUACUAACGGAACCCCCUCCGGAUAAUUACAAUGGCUCUGUCCAGCUAGAGGCUGAUCUCACAAACAAGGACACUUAUACAACAGCAUUUGCCAUAGAUCCUGCACUCGAGACAAUUUUCGAACGUAACUCCUCGAAUAUGGACAUCUUUGAAGAUCUUCAAGGAUUCCUUAGUACAGAUGAGGCUCAAUCAUUUGAUUACUUUCUGGGAGAUGCCUCGACGACCAAUGAUACUCAGGGUUGGUCGAUGCCUGGAGACUUAAGUUUAGAACUCACAUAG